GCGGAAAACAAGAGUGACGGAACCUGAAGGCAACGGAAUAGGGAAAGGUGGAACCUCGGAUUUAGCGGAACCAAAGUGCGGCGCCCAAGGAGCUACCCGGACUCUAUUUGGAACGGAAGCCCAGUGGCCGCCGGCUUCCUGGUUGCGCGGCGGCUCUAAGGGCCCAGUUUUAUCCGUGGCGAUGUUGCCCUACACCGUGAAUUUUAAGGUGUCGGCGCGCACCCUCACCGGGGCCCUCAAUGCCCACAACAAGGCGGCGGUGGACUGGGGCUGGCAAGGUUUAAUUGCUUAUGGAUGUCAUUCGCUUGUGGUAGUGAUUGAUUCCAAUACUGCUCAAACGCUUCAAGUUUUAGAAAAGCAUAAAGCGGAUGUUGUCAAGGUUAAAUGGGCCAGGGAAAAUUAUCAUCAUAACAUUGGCUCGCCAUAUUCCUUGCGCUUAGCUUCUGCUGAUGUCAAUGGAAAGAUCAUCGUUUGGGAUGUAGCUGCAGGAGUAGCGCAGUGUGAGAUCCAAGAGCAUGCCAAGCCUAUUCAGGAUGUUCAGUGGUUAUGGAAUCAAGAUGCUUCCCGGGAUUUAUUGCUUGCUAUCCAUCCGGCCAAAUUACAUUGUGCUCUGGAAUGCAGAUACUGGCACCAAACUCUGGAAGAAGAGCUAUGCUGA